CCAACAGCUUUUAUAUCCCUUUUGGGAAUGAUUAAUGUGGUCAUGUUCUCGGUCAGUAGCUGUCGGGAUAUUGUCGUGCAAGCCGAAGAUUUUACUCACGCUCUUAAUAUUCGUGCUCUGUUUUUCGCCGGAACUACGAUGGUCAGCAUUAAACCCUUCACCUUCAGCACUUUACCAAACCUUGAGAUACUCUCUUUGGAAUACGGAUUACGCCAAACGUUGGCAAAUUUAAUAGUGCCACCCGACUAUUACGAGUAUCUACAUAAGCUGCACUGCAGCUGUGAGUUUGCCGAGUAUCGUAGCUGGCUGCAGUCGCACGUCAUCAACCGAAUGCACUUCCGGCUGCCCGACGAAAUGCAUGACUCGAAUACGACGGUGCAGUCGUUUUGCAAAGAUACCGUGUCCGAUUCCGGAGCGAUAUUCACCGUGGACGUUAAGGAGUACAACAUUGGAUGGUCUACCGAAUGGCUAUGCUUGAACAAGGAAGACCUUUAUCUACCUACUGACUGUGGCGCCAACCCUGCUCGUGUUAGCGCAUCAAUCAUUAAUUUUGAGCAAACCAACUACUCAAUCAACGCUCCAAGCUGCGAGAAAGCGGUCUUGCGAACAUGCCUGACAACGUCGCCCACUUCACAUGAAUGCUACGCUAAUCAAACAAAGCCGAUGGAAAACGACUGGACGUCACUUCUUAGUCAACAGAUUCUAAGGGAACGGCGCUCGGAGCUGACCACAUCAGCAGUUGAUUCCGCUGGCGUUAUGUACCACUAUGACGAUCAGGCGUUGAGUGCCGAUCCUCCAUCGGAAUCCGGGCAUUUACCUGAUGACAGAUUUUGGCCGAAUAAUGGAAAAGACCUUCCCUAUUUAAUCAACAAUUUCGAUAGUGUCGACUUUGCCGAAAUUCAGGAUGCUUUGAGUUCUAUUUCCUCGCAGACUUCGUACUGCAUAACAUUCAAAACCAGGACUGAAGAAGAUGAUUACAUUGUAUUCUCACCAGGAAACAGAUGUCAGUCACGUGUGGGUAGACAAGGCGGUCAGCAGAGUAUCACAUUAACGCAAGCAUGCAUUUUCCGCGGUGCCAUUCAGCAUCUUGUUCUUCAUGCCCUGGGGCUCUUUCACGAACAUCAUCGUGCUGAUCGUGAUGGUUACUUGCACAUUUACCUGAAUCGUACGGAACUUCCACCGGACAGCGUGGUGUUCCGCAAACUCCCGCGGAUGCCCGAUUAUGGUACAGAAUACGACAUGGAAUCGAUAAUGCAAUCCGGUGCAUUUGACUUUGCCGACCCUAGAAACCCGGAUCUGCCGGUAUUCCUUCCGAAAGUGACUUCACCAAAGAAACAAAGGCGCCUUCAAAUGGGGCAAAGGCGGACAUUGAGUGCAAAGGACAUUGUUGAGCUGCAUACUGCCUACAAUUGCACGGUGCGGCGGACUAACGCAGAUGCUUUCGACCCACUCCCGAAGUUCGAUAAGAGCCCUCUUUCCCAGGAGACGUGUUCAACGUUAUCUAAGCUGAAACGCGGCAAUAAUGCCUUUCUUCAAAAUCAGUGCUCCAAGAGAAAUUUUAUACUGCUUGUAUGCAACAACAGUACUACAGCGGCGGAUUGGAAAAAAGUUGCAACGACCGUUGCUGGCUUACCCUUACGCGCCAUUGCGUUAAUGUGGGAGGAUGGCCCACAAAGAUAUGAAGCACCCGAUGCAUUCCGAGCCACUCGGAUGCUUAUUAUAUCAUGGUUCGUGCAAAGAUAAACAUUGUACAUCAAUACUUCCGGUCGUCGGUUUUGUGAACCUCGUGAACCUAAUGAUCUUUCAUAGUAACGAUUUAAUCAUCAAGAAAAAGGCUUUCUGUGGGUUGAACAAGUUGCGGACGUUAAGAUUCAGUGUGACAACUAUACAAAGUCUGGAGGCGGGAACCUUCAGUAAUCUGCCGCAUCUGAAAGUGCUGAGUUUGGAACAUGAAAUUCUGCGUAAUAUUUCUGUUGAAGUAAAUACCAAUAGCCGUCUGAGUAUCAUCCAUCGACUAGAAUAUUUGCAAAACCUGCACUGUAGCUGUGAUUUUGCCGAGUUCUGGUUGUGGAGAACAAAUGGUGUGGCAUGGCGUGGUAAAUUGGAAAACGAACAGUUUAUGCUUGUUGACAACAUCUUCGCCGAUGGCACGUACGGGAGAAACAGCCUCUUCGUUCCAGUAGAUUGUCUGACAAAUCUUACGGCGGAUCUGCACAAAGCCUUUAACUUUGAUCAGCUGGAGUAUUCCAUUAACGAGCCGUUGUGUGAAAACAAGAUCGCGCCAUCUGUACGAUUUUGUGAAAGGAAUAUUUCCUCGAGGAUGUACGUCAAGCGACUGGAUAAAGCAGCACGGCCGAUGAACCAGUCAGUUUUACCCAGCCAGUCGCCGUCUGUAGUCGCGCUACCAUCCCCGAUUAACGUAGCCGACGGCAAACUCGAGUCCCACGCUAAAUCUCACACCUGGAUUUAUGGUGGUAUUGGGGGGAUAGCUGGCUCAAGUAUUGUAUUUGCUCUAGCCUUCUAUGUCGCUCGAUGGGCUUUCGGAUUUCGAAUUCGUCGUACAAGAAACGCAAGCUCCAUGAAGCGAGAUCACGCGCAUCUAGAAAGUACUGAUAGUGUGGCUGCCGAAAGCACAGUGUAUUCCAUCCCACCAAUUGAACUACCUUGUCGAAAUCAAGGUUACAAUGAUGGAUUGUCAGAAGUCGAGCCCAUAACCAUAGAAAACACACUGCGGCUUGUGUCCGACAUUGUGUAAAUUCAAGAGAAACCUUGUCCAAGUCGAACCGGGAACUUUGUGCUGCUGAAAAUUUGAUAACCUUUUUCGUGGGCAGUGUCGUUCCUUAUAGUGUGCUCCGUUAGGACGCCUAAUAUUACUACCGACUGGUAACAGCUCCUUAUCGAAUUGACUCUCUUGACCAGCCAAAAUUCUUUUGCCUGCAAAACAAAAGUCCUUGCUUUUGAGUCUAGUUUAUUUUAUAAAAUAAAUUAUUCAUUGUCA